CUUUCACAAUAGAGGCUACUCGGUUUUAUAGAGAUACAUAAAAGUAUACGGUGCAUGGCAUGGAUCUAAACUAGUUUAUUUACAUUUUUAACAUCGAUAUACGUUUUGGAACAUAAAUCAGAUAACAUUGGGUGCCUGUCGUAUUGUGCAGUCACAGCAGCAAAAUGCGAUGUGAGAGACUUUGUUUGAAAUCACAGCACAGGAAAAGGAUUACAUUCAAUGAAAUGGAAAUAUUGACAGUUUGCUAUUAAGUCUUUUUUAUAUCGCCAUGCAUUGAUUGAAACGUUUCCGCUGUUUAAAGGAACUUAUCAACAAUAAAGACAGUAAACACGUGGUGAGUUUCUCAAUACCUGAAGGAUUCUUGAAAUCACUUACACUGUAUGCAGACAGCUUCAAACGUCUAUAUAAACACAGGAGAAGAACCAAAAACGCCCCGGAAUCGCCAUGACUGAAAAUCAAUCCCCGCAAGCUUCUGACGGGGUCAUCCUGGGCUCGAGCCCAGAGACUGCCCCCCAAGAGGAGAAGAUAUCGUUCUGGAAACUUUUCAAGAAACAUAAACUCUCUGUUCUAGUUGAUUGUCUAGUAUUUGGCAUAUUUGGCAUGGGCGUGGCCUUCCUGGGUCCCACCCUCUUUGAUCUCGGAUGUCAAACGAAAGCAGACCUGAAGCAGAUGAACUGGGUGUUCUUUGUGCAACUCCUGAUGACAAUGAUUGGCUCCAUCUCAGCAGGAUACCUGACAGGAAGGGUUAUCCCAGCGCACAUCCUGCUGUGUAUCGGGAUGACGGGCCUCCCGAUCACAAUGUUUAUAAUCCCGGCGUGUCGGGUGCUGGCUGAACUUCUCAUCAACCUGAUGGUGAUGGGCUGGUUUAUGGGGUGUGUAGACUGUGUCGCCAACCUCCGCAUGAUCCUCAGAUUUGGGACGAAUGUAACUCCAUUCCUACAGGCCAUGCACUUCUUCUACGGCCUUGGUGCCUUUGUGAGUCCGAUGAUUGCCUCUCCCUUCCUUCUCAACAUAGACUGCAGCCCCUUUAUUGACGGCUACACCUUGACGCCAGACGACAACAAAACAGCCAAUCAAAGUGUCACCAUAGCUCCUCAGCCACAGAUCGUUGACAGAGCCAUGCAUUUAUCCCAUUCUAAAGAAGCAUUCUUUAUUCUUGGCAGUAUUCAGUUAGUGAUAACGCUUGUGGUGUACGUGGUGGUCUGGCUGGAGAAGAAGUGGGGUAUCAUGUACAGCCCUUCAGCGUCGCCAUCAACAUCACAUCACACCGGUCUCGCUACAGCAGCUGAUGCGAGCGAUUUUUCCGAGUAUUCUGGUUCCCGGUCGUUAACACGGUACCUACGUUGUGGUUCCCGGACCGUGGUUGUCAUCACUGCUCUCACAUCCGCCUCGCUAUUUAUAUCGGACGGCAUGCAGUCCUCGUAUGCAGACUACAUAUAUUCAUACGCCGAGAAAAACGUGGACAAUUUAAAACGAAGUGAAGGAGCCGUUCUAAACUCCGUGUUUUGGGGUCCGUUUGCUUUAGGACGACUGAUCGCUGUCUUUGCAUCCACUAGGUUUUGUGCUGGCUUCAUGAUUUCCUGUAAUUUAGUUGGUUGCACGAUAGCCUUGUUUAUUACCCUUAUCUGGAAGACAAGCCGGAUAGCAAUUUACCUUGGCACAUGCGCACUCGGUCUCUUUCUGUCAAGCAUGUCGCCGACAGCAAUGGCUCUCACAGAACAGUUCGUCAACAUAAACGCUCCCAUCACGUCGUGUCUGGUGGUGUUUGCAGCCCUAGGGGAGACCAUUUGCCCGGUUAUUGUUGGAAACCUAUUUGUUACAGCUGGUCCUGUUAGCUUCCUGGUGUUCUGCUUCACGAUAGUGCUUAUCGCUGUUUUAUUGUUCAUGGUGCUGUUCUUCUUCGGGAGGGACACGACAAAAUAUAGAGAAAAUAGGGGAUCGUCGUUUAUUUGGCUCCUUAAGCCAGCCCAGAAAUUCAGUGAGCAAAUGGAGAUAAACUCUACAUCAGUGAAGUAUUACUCCAACCAAGAGGAUGAACAACCUACCGACCAAUCACAAUUGCCUGGAAGUGACGUCACUCCUGUUGAAAAUGGAUACACUCGAUAAUAUGUAUGCUUAUUAGUCACGCGUAUUAAAUUAGGAUUAAAAGAAAGUGGACAUGUGUGAAUUGCUUUCAGACAGGUUUUAAAUGUGAACCAACUAUGUCAUCAUUUUUGUCAUCAUAACUGACUUAAAGACAAACGAACAGAUUACGAAAUGGAUGUUGGACUGAUUUCAUUUUUAUUUCUCCAGGAAAUAUCAAUUUAAUGCCAUUGACAAAAUGUAAUCAAUAAUGCGAUAUUUAUUGUUAUACCUUUGAUGAACACCGUUGAUGACGUGUUGUACCGUUUCAAGUCCCACUAUUACCAUGUAUAUCAAACAUUGGUAGCAUGUGCAUGAUCGUUUUUCAGAUAUAUAUAUUGUGAGAUUAUGGAUGUAUCAUAAGAUUUUUGUUUUGUUUUUGUAAGUAUAUUCAUUCAACUGAUGUCAUAGAUUGUAUCAUGCCAACAAUUUUAUGAAGUUAAAUAGUAGUUAACUAAAUUAUUUAAAAUUUGGCUAGGCGUUACACAUUUUAUUCAAUAUUAUAGAUCUAUAAUGGGUUUGAAAUAAAUUAAAUUAUUGACUGGAUAUUUUAUCGCAUUGAAUAAAUACUUUUUGUUUCGGCAUCGAAUAUAUAUAUAAAAUUAGACAAUAUCACCAACGAUAGAAUACUGCAACGUUUGUCGCGCAGUUAUUCAUUCUUUAUAUUUACAUUUCAAUAAUGAAAACGUAAUUAUUGAAUUUACUUAUUAAAAUGGAAAUAAAAAUCUCAAUGAAAAUGAAUGACUGGUGAAUGUUGAUCCUGGUCCUCUUGUUUAAAGAGCAUCUAGAUUUUUACUCCAUUUCACUAUAUGAAUUAUUUAAUAAGUGUUUGAUUUUUGAAAAAAGGCUGUAUUUAUGUGUUUGGAAGAUUUGUUGAUUAUUGUUUACGCCUGUGUCUUUCUAAACCAAUCAGUGUAUGCUUCUUACACUCACCUUUCACUGACGGAAUGCUGUCUGGUCUGUUCAUGUUAAGCAGUAAAUCAGGUUUAACUUCUGAACUGUCUGUAGAAAGGUGUAUUGUAAAUAGGCUACUAUUAGUAGGAAAGUAUAUCAGAUAUUAUAUGGUAUAUACAUGUAUAUCAUUGUGGAAUAAACAUACAUAUUAUUGUGGUAUAUAUACAUGUCUAUAACUGUGGUAUAUACAUGUCUAGUAUUGUGGUAUAUACAUGUCUAUUAUUGUGGUAUAUACAUGUUUAUUAUUGUGGUAUAUACAUGUCUAUUAUUGCGGAUGAAUAUUUAUUUUAUUUUGGUACAUACAUGUAUAGUAUUGUGGUGUUGUUUGUACAUUUAUAAGGCGAGGAAUAAACACAUCGCGUGUGCCUAAAAUUAUGAAACUAAAUUUGAUUCGGCAUGUGCAUGAGCACCUAAUUAUUAAAGUCUAUCAUAUCGGUUUACUGAUUGAUUUUCCAUUUAACAUGUGUCAUGUACAUAUACAUAUUGUUCGUAAAGCUGUCUGAGAUGGCUUAAAAACUAGUAAAAUUGUUUUAUCAUUAAAAUGAUUCAAGGAAAUGAUUAAUUGUAUUCAUAUUGUGGC